UGGGCGGCAGCGGGGGCGGAUUGGACGGGCGGCUGGGCGCCGCUGCGCGCCCUCAGUGCGCGCCCGUCCAGGUCCGACACUCGACGUCGGCUCGUCAGACACACAGCACCUAACAUUUAACGAUCAAUAUAUUAAUCGAAAACGAGCUCGACAUAAACCACCAAAAUGUUUAAAAAUCAUUUAGAAAUGAUUGGCAGAAAUGAGUCGCCAUCGAAGAAAGCCAGAUUUUGGCAAUCCUUCGUGCGUUCUCUGAAAGGAUCGGAAGAUAUCAGAGCCGAGGAAAGGUACAGGCCAUCACGUCGCAGUGUAUUCCCGGAGCUUUUGUCCACCUACCCAUACAGCAAAUCUAUCUACGAUGACCCCAUCGGCGCUGCUGAGAGGAUCACAGUUCCCGGAUACCGCUACUUGCCAGUCCACCGUGAAACAUACGGCUACUCCCCUCGCCCCAUCUAUGCCCACAACUACCCUCGCUCCAUCGAACAGUACAGGCCAAUUUACCAUGUACCGAGGCGUCUGAGGAGAACCACUGACCCCUUCGACGCUCACAAGGCUUGGCAGGACCAUCUUGACAGACUGUCUGCCAUCGACCGUCUGUACCCCUCUCGCUACGGACUGUACUUGAAGGACCGUGCAUACCCAAUCACCGACCUGACCGCUCCCAUUAUCGACCCUCUCUCACCUAAGAGCCUUAAAGGCAUCGAAUAUGAACCCGACUCCAAACCUCACUGGGGAACAGGAGCUUGGCCGGCGAGGAUAUCGGACGUGUUCAAAAAGGAUCCAUUUUUUGCCGAGGCUGAAAAAUGGGCUGAUUUUGACCGCUCACUUCGAGGGAGGUCCCCAACACCCGUGAAGCCGAGGAUAAGUCAACCGCGAGACUGUGAGGUCGCAUACGAUGCCGAUGGUGCGCCGUUAUACAACGCCAGCGGGCUCCGACGCAGGCCAUGGGCCAACAUUCUGAAUCCGAGCCCAUCCCUGCCUUACUCGGCGAUCAUUCGGGACCCCUUCUGGUACGACUGGCCGGAGCUGAGACCCAUGGCUCGGUGGGACCGCAGCCCAUCCUACAUCCGCGACUCAUACCUCUCACCCGUCAAACGCACCUUCCUCUGGGACAAGCACCCGAUCAGGCCUUUAGAUCUAAUGGUGUACGACAGAUUAACAGUGGAUGAUUUGAGCAAGACAAUGCCCUUCAUACGUUGUCUAUAAUAAGAGCAUCAGCUGCUGCUUUCUAAAGGGCCCGCCAUCGCCGCUACUUGUUAAGUUACAUUUUUAUAAUGCCUACCUAUUAAAACAUUUAUUUUUAUUUGUUCAUUUGUUUCAAUAAUGACUAUGUUACAAAUUAUUUUUACAUCGCGUACUUACAGUAUUUUUCCGGUUUAUAUUUUUUUUUAAGAUCUCAAAGACUGCAUUAACAUAGUCACUGCCGCGGAAAUGAACUUUGUUACAGUGAAAUUGUUUUUAUUA